AUGUCCGGCGAUGAUUCAACGGAAAUUGGCCGACGACGCAGCCGAGGCGCGGAGGCGUCAAAUCGGAAGGAUGCCCUAGAGCGGCUGAAGGCGAUUCGGCAAGGAGGACUCCGGAAUCUAGCGGCUGAAGGUGGUGGGUACGAUAUCAGGCUGGAGAAGCCGAUCUACGACACGGUCGAUGACGACGAGUACGAUGCACUUGUUUCCCGGCGGCGGGAGGAGGCUCGCGGGUUUGUUGUCGACGACGGGGGAGAUGGCAAUCUGGGAUACCUCGACGAAGGUGAAGAAGAGGACUGGUCGAAGCCUAAUGGACCAGAUUCGACCGAUGAAUCUGACGACGGCGGUAAGUUUAGCGGAAGGCUUAAGAAUAAGAAAACCGAUAAGAAGGAAAAAGCGCAGCAACCUCAGGUUAAGAAGGUGAAUCCGCUGCUUAAAGCUGCGGCUACUAUUACCGGUGAAGGGAGACUUUCUUCGAUGUUUACAUCUUCGAGUUUCAGAAAGGGCAAAGAGACUGAUAAGGUCAAAUGCGAGGGGAUUCUCGACGAGGCGUUAGCAGAGGUUGCUCCAGACGAUUCGGAUAGAGAAAAGCGUAAGAGAAGGAAACAACCAGCUGCUCUUGCUCCAAUUACUUCUAUUAGGAACAGAAAUGUGGUUUCUGUUACCUCUAGGGAUUCAGAUCCCAAACCCUCAGUUUAUCAGGGUGAUUGUGAUUUCAUGGAGAAGGAGAUGAUGAAAGAGGAGGCUAUGACGGAAUCUGAAGUCGUCAUCCCUCCGCAUCAUUCAGAAGAGAAUAUGGAAUUACCUGGAAGUGAGAGUGUUAUAGAGGAUGGAAUAAAGGAGAUUAGACAAAGUGAGGUGAAGAUUGAGUCAGGAGAAAAGGAAGUGUUUACAUUGAAUGCAACGAUUGAUAUGAGAGAGAAGGAUUCAGCUUUAAGCGCUACUGCUGGUUGGAAGGAAGCGAUGGGCAAAGUUGGAGGUGAGAACGGAGCUUCGCUUGGUUCUAAUUGUGAAGGGCAAACGGAGUUUGAUGUGGAUGCUGAUGGAUCACUUCGAUUUUACAUUCUUGACGCUUACGAGGAGGCUUUUGGUGCGAGUAUGGGCACAAUAUAUCUGUUUGGGAAGGUUAAAAUGGGAGAUACGUACAAGAGUUGCUGUGUGGUUGUAAAGAAUAUACAGAGAUGUGUUUAUGCUAUUCCAAACGAUUCCGUGUUUCCUUCUCAUGAACUAAUCACGCUUGAGCAAGAGGUGAAGGACUCUCGACUUUCUCCUGAAUCCUUCCGCGUGAAGUUACAUGAAAUGGCAUCAAAACUGAAGAACGAUAUUUCUCAGCAACUCUUACAACUCAAUGUUUCAAAUUUUAGCAUGACGCCUGUCAAGAGAAACUAUGCUUUUGAGAGGCCUGAGGUGCCUACUGGCGAACAAUAUGUUAUGAAGAUAAAUUAUCCAUUCAAGGAUCCUCCACUUCCAGAAGAUCUUAAAGGGGAGUCUUUUUGCGCUUUGCUCGGGUCUAAUACCAGUGCUUUGGAGCUUUUUAUCCUGAAAAGGAAGAUCAUGGGACCUUCUUGGCUCAAAAUUUCAAACUUCUCUACCUGUUCGCCUUCUCAACGAGUGAGCUGGUGCAAGUUUGAGGUUACUGUUGAAUCUCCCAAGGUUAUCAAUGUUUUAGUUUCGGAGGAGAAAAUGGUUCAUCCUCCUGCUGUCGUUACAGCCAUAAAUUUAAAGACUAUAGUCAAUGAAAAGCAGAAUAUCAGCGAAAUUAUAUCUGCAUCUGUUCUCUGCUUUCACAACGCCAAGAUUGAUGUUCCAAUGCCAGGUCCAGAAAGAAAGAGAUCUGGUAUUCUGAGUCAUUUCACUGUUGUUAGGAAUCCUGAAGGAACCAGUUAUCCAAUUGGUUGGAAAAAAGAAGUGGCUGACAGAAAUUCAAAGAACGGCUGCAGUGUUUUAAGCUUCGAAAACAGUGAAAGAGCAUUGCUGAACCGAUUGUUUUUGGAGCUGUACAAAUUAGACAGUGAUGUUCUUGUGGGACAUAAUAUAUCAGGUUUUGAUCUGGACGUCCUUCUUCAAAGAUCCCAGGCUUGCAAAGUUUUGAGUAGCAUGUGGUCCAAAAUUGGCCGUCUCAAACGCUCUUUCAUGCCUAAGAUUAAAGGGCACACUAAUUUUGGGUCAGGAGCUACACCCGGGCUCAUGUCUUGCAUUGCCGGAAGACUCUUGUGUGAUACAGAUCUAUGCUCUCGUGACUUCGUGAAGUCACAGGUCAGUUAUUCGUUAACAGACCUUUCCAAGACACAGCUGAACCGGGACAGGAAAGAGAUAGCGCCUAAUGAUAUUCCCAAAAUGUUUCAGUCAUCCAAAACACUUGUGGAACUUAUUGAAUGUGGUGAGACAGAUGCAUGGUUAUCCAUGGAGCUCAUGUUUCAUCUAAGUGCUCUUCCUCUCACGCUCCAGCUUACUAACAUAAGUGGCAAUCUUUGGGGGAAAACUCUGCAGGGAGCCAGGGCGCAGAGAAACGAAUACUACUUACUACAUACAUUCCACUCCAAAAAGUACAUUCUCCCAGACAAGUUUUCGCAACGUAUGAAGGAAAUAAAGUCAUCAAAAAGAAGAAUCAAUCAUGGUCCAGAGGACCAAAAUGUAGAUGAACCUGAUGCGGACCUGGCUUUGGAGAAUGAUCCGUCUAAGGGCAGCAAAACAAAAAAGGGUCCAGCCUACGCUGGUGGACUGGUCUUGGAGCCAAAGAAAGGCUUAUAUGACAAAUAUGUGUUGCUUCUUGAUUUCAACAGUCUUUACCCUUCUAUUAUACAGGAAUAUAAUAUCUGUUUCACAACGAUACCACGAACAGAAGACGGAGUUCCUUGUUUACCUUUGAGUCAAACACCUGGAAUUCUUCCAAAGUUGAUGGAACAUUUGGUCAGUAUAAGGAAAAGCGUCAAACUACAGAUGAAGAAGGAAACAGGUCUCAGGUAUUCGGAGCUUGACAUUCGGCAGCAAGCAUUAAAGCUCACAGCCAAUAGCAUGUAUGGAUGUCUGGGGUUUACAAAUUCAAGAUUCUACGCCAAGCCUUUAGCAGAGCUCAUAACACUACAGGGCAGGGACAUCCUGCAAAGAACCGUGGAUCUUGUCCAGAAUCAUUUAAACCUAGAGGUGAUUUACGGUGACACCGAUUCAAUCAUGAUUAACAGUGGACUAAAUGAUAUUGAAGAGGUGAAAUCCAUUAAAGCAAAAGUUAUCCAAGAGGUCAAUAAGAAGUAUAGGUGUCUAAAAAUUGACUGCGAUGGCAUAUAUAAGAGAAUGCUUCUUCUUAGAAAAAAGAAGUAUGCUGCUAUCAAGUUGGAGUUUAAGGACGGGAAGCUUUACGAGGAAAUUGAAAGGAAAGGUGUGGACUCGGUUCGUCGAGAUUGGAGCUUACUCUCUAAGGAGAUUGGAGAUUUAUGCUUGGCUAAAAUCUUGUAUGGAGGGUCGUGUGAGGAUGUUAUUGAAGCAAUUCAUAGCGAACUUAUGAAGAUAAAAGAGGAAAUGAGAAGUGGGCAAGUUGCACUUGAGAAGUAUGUCAUCUCCAAGGCAUUGACUAAGCCACCAGAAGCUUAUCCAGAUUCCAAAAGCCAACCACACGUUCAAGUCGCACUCAGAAUGAGGCAACGUGGUUAUAAAGAAGGUUUCGGUGCUAAGGAUACUGUACCGUAUAUAAUCUGCUAUGAACAGGGUGGUGCUAGCUCUGUCAGCUCAGCAGGGAUUGCCGACCGUGCUCGGCAUCCUGAUGAGGUGAAAUCAGAAGACAGCAGAUGGAUGGUUGACAUAGAUUACUACUUGGCACAUCAGAUUCAUCCGGUGGUGUCUCGUCUAUGUGCAGAGAUUCAGGGCACUAGUCCUGAGCGUCUAGCCGAGUGUUUAGGACUUGACCCAUCAAAGUAUCGAAGCAGAUCAAACGAUGCUACAGGCAAUGAUCCUUCUACAGCCCUCUUGUUUGCUACAAGCGAUGAAGAACGAUAUAAAAACUGUGAGCCGUUGGCAUUAACAUGCCCCACCUGCUCUGCUUCUUUCAACUGUCCAUCUAUUACCAGUUCUGUUUGUGCGUCGAUCAGUAAGAAACCUGAAACAGAGGAAUCCGAUUCUACAUUCUGGCUUAAACUGCAUUGCCUGAAAUGUCAGCCUGAAGGUACCACUGGAAGAAUAUCCCCUGCAAUGAUAGCUAACCAGGUGAAAAGUCAGAUUGAUGGGUUUGUGUCAAUGUACUACAAAGGCGUAAUGAUGUGUGACGAUGAGUCUUGCAAGCACACGACUCGCAGCCCCAACUCUCGACUGCUGGGCGACCGUGAACGUGGAACAGUUUGCCCAAACUAUCCGAGCUGUAACGGAACCCUCUUAAGAAAGUACACUGAAGCAGACUUGUACAAGCAGCUGUCUUACUUUUGCCACAUAUUAGACACACAAAGCUCUCUAGAAAAGAUGGAUGUUGGUGUAAGACUUCAAGUAGAGAAAGCAAUGGCAAAUAUAAGACCCGUGGUUGAGUCAGCAGCAGCCAUGGCUCGACUUGUUCGAGAUCGGUGUGCUUAUGGAUGGGUGCAACUCACAGACAUAGCCAUUUGA